AUGGAUUUCCUUCUGGCUGACAGAAGCACCUCUGUGUUUGGUAUAGUAGCCAUUCUAUUCUUUUCUUACUAUCUGUUUCUUAGGUCAAGAAUUGGCAAGAGCAAAAUUCAUGCGCCCCUAGCUACAGGGGCAUGGCCCAUAAUUGGCCACCUUCCAUUGUUGAGAGGACCAAAGCUUCCUCAUUUAACACUUGGAGACAUGGGUGAAACAUAUGGUCCUAUCUAUGCCAUCCGGUUAGGGGUGCACCCAGCUUUGGUGGUGAGUUCUUGGGAGAUUCUUAAGGAAAUAUUCACAAACCAUGAUGUGGCUGUCGCCUCCCGCCUCAAAGUGACAGCUGCAAAACACUUGGCCUACGACUAUGCCAUGUUUGUCUCACCCUACGGUCCAUACUGGCGUGAAAUGCGCAAAAUAGUCAAUUUAGAGCUACUCUCAAACCAUAGACUCGAGCUACUCAAGCAGGUUCGAGUCUCUGAAGUGGAGACAUCAUUGAAAGAGCUCUACAAACAGUGGACUGAAAAAAAGGAUUCUUCAAACCAUGCUUUAGUUGAAAUGAAACAAUGGUUUGGAGACUUGGCCUUGAAUGUGAUCUUUAGGCUGGUUGCUGGGAAGUGGUACUUUCGAACUGGUUUAAAGGGUCAUAGUCAUGACAAGGAGGCCAGGCUGUACCAAAGGGCGCUGAGGGAAUGGUUUCAUUUGUUAGGGGUAUUUGUGUUAAAGGAUGCUGUUCCGUUACUUGGGUUUUUGGAUUUGGGUGGGCAAGAAAAGGCCAUGAAGGAGACUGCCAAAGAAAUGGAUAGUAUUGCUAGUGAAUGGUUAAAGGAACAUAAGCAGAAGAGAGCCUUGGGGGAGGUUAAAGAGCAACACUUCAUGGAUCUUUUGCUUUCUCUCCUCGAAGCUGAAAGUACUAACCCAAACCUCUCAGCAUGGGAUGCGGAUACUAUCAUCACAACAACCUGCUUGAGUAUUAUUACGGGAGGAAGUGACACCCCUAAGGUUACUCUAACAUGGAUGCUCUCCUUAUUGUUGAACAAUCUUCAUUGGUUGAGAAAAGUUCAGGAAGAGCUAGACAUUCACGUGGGCAAAGAAAGACUGGUGAACGAAUCAGAUCUUAGCAAGUUAGAGUGCCUUCAAGCCGUAGUCAAAGAGACAUUACGCCUACAUCCUCCAGUACUUCUCUUCCCACGGUUCUGCACUGAUGAAAUCAUCGUAAGUGGUUAUCAUGUCCCUCGAGACAGCUGGAUAUUCUUAAACCUUUGGAAGAUCCAAACUGAUCCACGGGUCUGGUCGGAUCCUUUAGAAUUCCAGCCAGAAAGAUUCCUGACAACCCAAAAAGAUUUCAAUGUUGGUGGUGAUCAAUACUUUGAGUUGAUCCCAUUUGGUUUUGGUAGAAGGGUUUGCCCUGGAAUGUCUUUUGGCCUUCAGAUGGUACACUUGACGUUGGCUAGCUUGUUGCAGGCGUUCGACAUCUCCACUCCUUCAAAUGCAACGGUGGAUAUGACUGAAGAAGCUGGACUAUCGAACAUGAAAGCCACCCCACUCGAAGUUCUUGUUAGACCUCGCCUUCCUUCUAAAAUUUAUGAAUAGUAAGUAAUUAAAUUGGCUCUGAGCAGUUCUACUUCUAACUAUUGUACUUCAUUAAAGUUGUACACAUAAAUUUUUAUUUGAAAUUAUGAAACAAAUAUAAAUAUUUAAUAUAAGUGAUAAUA